AUGCCUACAGCCAGAUUCGAGCCUUCAAGUAUCAAGAACAAAGUGAAGAGGGAGGAAAUCGCUCGGAAACAGAAGCAGAAAAGGGGAAAGGACAAGCUCGAACGCAGGCUCGCUCGGGCGAAGCUAGAGGCAAAUGACCCUGCUGCGAAGAAAAGACGUCUUGCACAGAAUGUCCCCCGCACACUGGACAAUACCCGUGAAUUCGAUCCGUCCAUCCUGACAGCCAACCCGGCGGCAGCAUCGUCCUCAUCCUCCGCGCAAGCCGAGGCCUCUGCAUCGUCUUUAUCAGAGUCCGGCCAACAACAUGAGCAACCCCAAGACGAAGCUGCGCUUGAUAUUGCCUCCGAUCCCUUCGCAUCCUACUUCUCUGGCGACGUCGACCCUUCGGUUCCGCCGAAGGUGCUCAUCACAACGUCGUCGAAGGCAACACGGAUAACGUAUGACUUCUGUGAGGAGCUGGUUGAUGUAUUCCCUGGAGCAGAAUUUAUCCGACGCAAGAAGGGGAAAGGUUUCGAGAUGGGACGUAUCGCAGGUUGGGCCGCUGGAAGAGGAUAUAGUCAUAUGAUGGUUGUAAACGAGGACGUGAAGAAGCCAAACGCACUCACGUUGAUUUACCUUCCAGAAGGACCUACAGCCUAUUUCAAGCUGACAUCUAUAGAAUCGUCGAAGAAAUUAUCCGGUCACGCACGCUCAACAGCACAUUUUCCGGAGCUCGUACUCAAUGGCUUCGUCACUCGUCUGGGACACACUGUGGGUCGACUGUUUCAGACGCUCUUCCCGCCAAUGCCGGAGUUCCAGGGCCGGCAAGUGGUCACUUUACACAACCAGAGAGACUUUUUGUUCUUCCGGAGACAUCGAUAUGCUUUCCGCUCGACGGAGAAGGUAGCGCUCCAAGAAAUAGGCCCACGGUUCACACUCAAGUUGCGUUCAUUGAGGAAGGGCCUGCCAGCCGUGAAAAACCUUGGUGAACCAUGCAAACCCUUGGAGUUUGACACCUUUGAAGAGGGCGAACCCAGCACCGUGAACGAUGUGGAUAUGGUUGAUGGGCAGAAGGGCGGUGACGACGACGCGGAUGCGACUGCCCAAAGUGAGCACGAUGCAGAGGCGCAGAAAAAGCGGACGAAAGUCCAGCCUCCGGCAGAAGAUGAAUAUGUGUGGGUUUGGAAGCCGGAGCUGGAGACUACCAGACGCACAUUCUUCUUAUAG